GUGACACCCCCCCGCCCCGCAUUUGGUUCUGCUGAAAAACCCCGCUCCCUGCCUGGAAACGAUUGCAUAUACUGAGUGUGAGUCACCGCCAGAGUUGCACACUUUGAGCAGAUUGCAGCAUAGCCGAGCACCAAGCUCCAACAACAAACUGCAACAAACAGCACUCAUUUUACGCGCAGUCCCGUCAAAUCCGGGUCCAUUGUCCAAAACGCUGCGCAACUGAAAGUGAUAUCACAGAAAGCGGCAGCUGGUCUCCGGGAUCCAGACAGGACUGGUGGAAAAGCGGGGAUUUCUGGAGUUUUGGAAGCAACAAACGGGGAAAAAAAUGGCUAAACCUAAUUACACCGGGACCUAUCAUAUGGUGGAGCAGGAGAAUAUGGACUCCUACCUCGGAGCUUUAGAUGUUAAUUUUGCUCUGAGGAAGAUUGUGUGCCUAUUGAAACCCACUAAAGAGAUCACCCAUGACCCGGCUACAGGAACCAUGAAAAUCCGCACACUCACCACCUUCAAGAACUUCAACAUGGAUUUCACUAUUGGAAAAGAAUUUGCUGAGGACCUGGGGCCAGUGGAUGGCCGUGUCUGUCAGACUACAGUGGAUUGGGAAGGAGACAAGCUGGUUUGUGUACAGCGAGGCGAGAAAGAGGGACGAGGCUGGACGCACUGGCUGGAGGGUGACAAGCUGCAUUUGGAGAUGAGGGUUCAAGGCAUCGUAGCCAAGCAAGUCUUCAAGAAGGCUGAUUGAAGUCACUGGAAAAUGUUUUACAGUGAAUACUCCUAUAAAAAAAAAAAAGAAAAAAGUAGCCACUACAGGAGUCAUGUUUA